UACAUCUAGUUCAAGGACUCCUCGGGAGAGUUUAAGAGAGCACCACAAUUGUACCGUCGAGGGAGGUUGUUGGGAAACAUGCCUAAGUUUUACUGUGACUAUUGUGAUACCUACCUGACACAUGAUUCGCCCUCGGUUAGAAAGACUCACUGCAGUGGUCGAAAACAUAAAGAAAAUGUGAAGGACUAUUACCAGAAAUGGAUGGAGGAGCAAGCACAGAGCCUAAUUGAUAAAACAACGGCUGCAUUUCAGCAGGGCAAGAUUCCUCCCACCCCCUUCCCUGGUGGUCCUCCUCCAGCUGGACCUCCACGUCCAGGUAUGCUGCCCACCCCCCCGAUGGGAGGCCCUCCUAUGAUGCCCAUGAUGGGACCCCCUCCUCAUGGGAUGAUGCCAGGUGGGCCUGUAGGGGGAAUGAGGCCGCCGAUGGGAGCGCCCAUGCCGAUGAUGCCAGGACCGCCUCACAUGAUGCGUCCUCCUCGUCCGAUGAUGAUGCCAGUUCGGCCAGGCAUGGCUUGACCCCACAGAUACACAAGCAGAGUAGACCUUUGAUGUUUACUAAAACUUUUCUGUUUUAUUUUCCUUCAGGAACACACACGGUCUAGUAAAAGGCUCAUCUGGAUUAGGAUCAGAUAUCUAUUAAUAACCAGAAUUCUCAGAUUUGUAAUGAUGCCAUUUCUACAUAAUUGUUCAUUUACUGGUAUUUAUUGCUGUUCAGCCUUUUGACAUGAUUUAGAAAACCCCUCUAGCCAUCAUUUUUGCUUUUUGUUUUUUAAAUAUAUCAUCGGUUUUAGUCUUGACUGGAAUGUUCUUUUCACUCUCAUCCUAUUGAAACAACAAGUUGAUUAGUUAACCUGACCUGUCAUUUCAGCUUUGGGUUUCACGUGUUUUUAUACUUUGGAAAAAUAAAGGAAUGCUUCCGUUUCAGUG